GUGAUAUAAGGUGCGGCGGUACGUAGGUCGGAGAGUCGUGCCAGACUUGGGGGCACAGAACUAAAGAAACACAAACGGUACCAGGGUGGAGAGGAGCGGCCUGACAUGGAGGGUAAACCCUCGGUGAGCUCGGUGCAUUGGUUCCGGAAGGGACUGAGACUACACGAUAACCCAGCCUUGUUAGCUGCCCUGCGCGGUGCUAACUCCGUGCGAUGUGUCUACAUCCUGGAUCCUUGGUUUGCGGCCUCCUCCUCAGGGGGAGUCAAUCGCUGGAGGUUUCUCUUGCAGUCCUUGGAGGAUCUGGACAGCAGUUUAAGGAAGCUCAACUCUCGCCUGUUUGUAGUUCGAGGGCAACCGGCAGACGUCUUCCCCAAGCUGUUUAAGGAGUGGGGUGUCUCCCGCCUCACCUUCGAGUACGAUUCGGAGCCUUUCGGGAAGGAGCGAGAUGCGGUCAUUAUGAAGCUGGCGAAAGAAGCCGGAGUGGAGGUGAUCGUGGAGAACUCACAUACUCUGUAUGACUUGGACAGGGUUAUUGAACUGAACGGACAUAGCCCCCCUCUCACGUACAAGCGGUUCCAGGCCAUCAUCAGCCGCAUGGAGCUUCCUCGUCGGCCGGCCCCUAGUGUCACCCGCCAGCAGAUGGAGGCUUGCCGAGCAGAGAUCAAGCGCAAUCAUGAUGAAACAUAUGGGGUGCCAUCUCUUGAGGAGUUGGGAUUCCACAGUGAAAAUAAGGGACCCGCUAUUUGGCCAGGAGGAGAAACUGAAGCGCUGGCGCGUCUAGACAGACACCUGGAGCGUAAGGCUUGGGUGGCAAACUACGAGAGGCCCAGAAUGAGUGCCAACUCCCUGUUAGCAAGUCCUACGGGCCUCAGUCCUUACCUGCGAUUCGGAUGCUUGUCGUGUCGACUCUUCUAUUACCGCCUACAAGAGUUAUACCAGAAGGUGAAGAAAAACAGCCCUCCCCCAUUAUCCUUGUACGGGCAGCUGCUUUGGCGAGAGUUCUUCUACACGGCCGCCACUAACAACCCCAAAUUUGACCAAAUGGAAGGGAACCCAAUCUGUGUGCAGAUCCCCUGGGACAAGAACCCCAAGGCUCUGGCCAAGUGGACAGAAGGAAAGACGGGGUUCCCCUGGAUCGACGCCAUUAUGACGCAGCUCAGGCAGGAGGGCUGGAUACACCACUUGGCGAGGCACGCGGUUGCAUGUUUCCUCACCCGGGGGGAUCUGUGGAACAGCUGGGAGUGUGGCGUAAAGGUCUUCGAUGAAUUGUUGCUGGACGCAGAUUUUAGCGUGAACGCCGGCAGCUGGAUGUGGCUCUCGUGCAGCGCCUUUUUCCAACAAUUCUUCCACUGUUAUUGCCCCGUGGGCUUUGGAAGGCGAACAGAUCCAAGCGGGGACUAUGUAAAGCGGUAUCUUCCCGUGCUGAAGGCGUUCCCAUCCCGCUACAUAUAUGAGCCUUGGAGUGCCCCAGAGUCUGUACAGAAAGAAGCCAAGUGCAUUAUUGGUAUUGACUACCCAAAGCCCAUCGUAAACCACGCCGAGGCGAGCCGGAUGAAUAUAGAGCGCAUGAAACAGACCUACCAGCAGCUGUCCCACUAUAGAGGCCUCUGUAUCUUGGCUUCUGUACCAUCCUGUGUGGAAGACCUGGGAGGUCCCAUAACAGACUCCAGCCACAACCCAGCGGAAGCAGCUCCUAAACAGUCUCUGUGCAAUGCCGACUCCCCCAAACGCAAACUGGAGGGGUCAGAAGAAGCGUCGCACGUGAAGGUCAGGGUGCGGAGUGUCCCGGUGAUGAGGAGGCCAGAGAACGACUUCUGAGUGUCGCAUCUGAUGAGCUGCUGAAACAGAGAGAAACCUGCACCUGUAACAGCAUUAGGACUAGUGGGAGGCUGCACUUCCUGACGAUACCUGCGUUCCUAGAAGGGCCCCCUGAAUAUAUUUAAUCUCUUGGCUCCAAGACAAGCAACAAUAGUAUUAUUACUGGCAUCUCUGUCAGCCCUAGUUUUCUCCAACCUUUGGCUUGGUAUUUAAACAAGUGUCUGCUCCUAUAUCUGUUUAAGAGGUGUAAAUCAGGCUGCUGCGGAACUACAGCACGUCCCCUGAGGAUGAUGGGAGUUGUAGUUCCCCAAGCACUUUAGCGCUUCUGGCUGGAGAGCUCUGGUGUAGAUGGUGGAGGAUAUUUCAACCCUAAACCCAGCGAAUCCGCUCCGGUAGCAACCCUGGGCUGCAUCUGACAAUAUAAAAAAAAAAUAUAUAUAUCUAUAUAUAUAUAUAUAUAUAUAUAUAUAUAUAUAUAUAUAUAUAUAUAUAUAUAUAUCUAUCUAUAUAUAUAUCUACUAGAGGCUUACUCAUUGACGGUGCAAGAGGAGCUCAUACUCAUUCUGCCUCGGCAGGGGAGGGGUUAAUUUUGCAUGUUUUAGCAGAUAAAAAAGCUGCUGACGUGUCACCAGUCGUAUGUGUACAUUCUGCCCAUGUAUGUAAAUACAGAUGCUGUUUGUAUAAUAAAUGUAAUUUU